GCAGUGACAGCGGCAGCGACAGCGACAGUGACAGCGGCAGCGACAGCGACAGCGGCAGCGACACGGACAUCCCGGCGCUCCGCGGGCCCGAGGGACGGAAGCUCGCCCGCUUUGGCGAGCCGGCGGAGCUCACCAGCCGCCGACUCAGGGAGAACCCUCGCCGGAACAUGAGGUACGAGUCGUCGCCGUCGCCAACGAGUGCCGAAGGCCUGCUCGCCCGCCAUGCGUCGGAGGCGGGGCUGCCCAUCCUGCCCAUCAACAGCACGACGGAGCACACCCACUGGAUGAUCGCGUGUGUGGUCGACGUGGUGGAAGAGCUAGAGGCGAGGGCGGUGCAAGCGCUGCUGUGCGAGCGCGCGGAGGAGGCCAACAUCGCGCGCCAAGAGGCAGAGGACUUCCUGCUGGGAGCGGAGGACCUCGUGCUCAACUCUCCAGACGCCUUCGUGAGGGCCCUGGCGUCGACCAAACUGAGUACAGAAUCCCCCAGAGGCAAGCGUCCGAGUGACGUCGAAUCCCCCCCCAUGACCGUAGCCGGCGUUAACAAGUCUGUGUACAGAGAGGGAUGGGAACAGGCCAUGAGGGAAGAGUUUGAUGGGCACUUGGGCACGGGAACGUUUUCAUUCGUAGACGGUACGCCAGAGGGGCGUAGACCCGUGAGCUCGAAGUGGCGCUUCACUUGGAAGACAAACAAGGACGGAAAAAUUGAGAAGUUCAAAGCGCGUCUGGUCGCUAGGGGGUUUUCGAAAAUCCCGAACGUGGACUACUUCCACUCAUCCUCGCCUUGCCCAUCAUCCGCAUCCAUUAAACUGAUGCUUGCGGUAGCCAACGAGAAAUCGCUGAAACUCAACCACUGGGAUGUCAAGCAGGCGUUUACACACGCUAAGUUGGACGAGGAUGUGUUUCUGAGGCUCCCCGCGGGGUGCGGGGAAAAAUCCCACAAAGUUGUGAAGGCUGAGCGUGCCAUUUACGGCUUGAAGCAGAGCGGCAGGCAGUGGGGGUACCACGCUGCCGAUACUCUUGUAGAAAACGGGUUCGAGCAGUGCAAGGCUGACCCGUGCGUCUUCCGCAAGAUGAAAGACGAUGUCGUGGUGAUGAUUAUCGUGAUUUAGGUGGAUGACAUCUUGGUGGCUGGGUCUGAUGAUGAUUGCAAGGAGUUGCUUGAUUCCCUCAACAAGGCAUUCCCCACCAAAGACCUUGGAGAGUGCGUGUGGUUCGACGGGUGUGCCGUCGAGAGAGACC